GGAACAGCAACAACUAUGCGAAUGGACUCCUUAAACUAGCACCUUAUAAUAUGGACGUCUUCAGGCUGCUCUCGCGAUCCGCGAAACCUGUGCAAGAAACCUCUCAACAGCAUCUUCCGUCCAGCGGCGAAGCUUCGAAUCCACAGCUUUUCGGACAACACGAAGAAUCUCCUCCUACCGCGAACUCGAGCAAGAAACGGAAGCGUGGGAUAAAUGGCGGGGUCCAAGCUGCGGUGUUGCCAGCUGAGCUGAACUUCUUCGGCAAUGCGCACAAUACUGGGGACGAGAACGGAGAGGAGAGAAAAAAAGGCCUGUCGAGGAAGGAUAUCCGAAAUGAGAGGAAUGGCGCGAGGACAAAGGCUGGGGAGAAUGACGAUGAGACUAUGCUAGACACCCCGGAGCGAAUGAGUGUCGUCAAUUGCAAGAAAGUCCUGCGGAAUCACAAGCUCAAGGUUAUUAUACUGGAAGAAUUCAGCGCACAAGAGCAGGGCACCCCUGUAAUAGAGAAAGCAAAGAAGAAGAAGCGGAGGAAAGAAGAAAAGACUAUCCCUAUAAAGAAAGCCAAGAAUGAUCAAACCCAACUUUAUCCCGAACCACUGGCUACAUUCGCGGAACUAAGGAGUAAAUAUGGAGUGUUCAGGAGGCUAACGGAGAACCUGGAGGCACAAGGAUAUACCGUUCCCACGGAAGUUCAGCUUGGAGGUCUUCCACUAUUACUAGGAAGUUUGGAGUCUCAUGCGAGGGGCGACCGAGACGAAACUAUCUCCACCAAGCCACGAAAGGCUACCUCGGGACAGGGUAUCGACCUGCUAACGAUUGCACCCACUGGAAGCGGAAAGACUAUUGCAUUUUUGGUUCCUGUACUAAAUGCGCUGAUAGAGGAAAAUAAGCUCCAACACGAAUCCCAAGACUCCGCCGAACUAGGUCCCCGUGCUAUUGUCAUUGCACCUACGAAAGAGCUAGCAAGUCAGAUUGUCAAUGAAGCGAGGAAGCUGUCGAUUGGUACCGGUGUCAAAACAGCUCUCAUGAAAAAGGGUAUGGAGGUCGUACAGAAAUUGGACGUUGAAAGAGAGGUAGAUGUCGAGUCUGAAGAGGAUCAAUCCGAGGAAGAUACAGGCGAAAUCGGCUCGGAUAAUGCAAAAUCUAGCCCGAAACCUUCACGCAAACGACGACGAGCCGUGAUUACGAAGGCUGCUAUCAUUGUCGCUACUCCGCUUUCACUUUUGAACGCCUUGAAGAAACAGGAUGGUAGUAUUGCGCUUCUGCCGAGUGUCAAGUACCUCGUGCUUGACGAAGCCGAUGUCCUUUUAGACCCUCUCUUUCGCGAACAAACUCUAUCAUUAUGGAAAUCUUGCACGAAUCCUUUACUUCGCAUCAGCCUGUGGUCUGCUACGAUGGGCUCCAACGUCGAAGAACUUGCACGGAAAACCAUCGACGACCGAUGGGAGUCCCUCUUCUCGACAGAGGCAUCCCAAAGUCCUGCCCGUCUACCCCUCGUCCGUCUCGUUGUCGGUCUCAAAGACACUGCUAUCCCUAAUGUAGCUCACAAGCUUAUCUACGCCGCAACAGAGCAAGGCAAACUCCUCGCUCUUCGUCAACUCCUCCAUCCCACCGCAACACCCUCAGCAGACACGACACCGAGCCUCCGCCCGCCCUUCCUCGUCUUCACUCAAACAAUACCUCGCGCCGUCGCCCUCCAUGCCGAACUCCUCUAUGACAUCCCACCCGAAGCAGGCGGCAGCUCCCGAAUCGCCGUCCUACACGCCGACCUUCCCUCGACCGCCCGCGACAGUACCAUGGCUCGCUUCCGCCGCGGUGAGGUCUGGAUCCUGAUUACUACGGAUCUACUAGCUCGCGGAGUCGACUUCCGGGGACUGAACGGAGUGGUCAACUACGACGUCCCCAACUCCGCCGCUGCCUACGUCCAUCGUGUUGGUAGGACUGGUCGUGCAGGGAGAGAAGGCGGUGUCGCAGUCACGCUCUACACCAAAGAAGACGUGCCCUACGUUAGGAAUGUCGCUAACGUCAUCCGCGCCAGUGAGAAGCUACGCGGGAAGGACCGCGACAACGAGGGAGAAGUCAAGCAGUGGUUACUGGAUGCUCUUCCGACCCCUAGUCAGCGCGAUCGCCAGAGGUUGAAGAAACGAGGCAUCGAGUCCCGGAGACCGGCGGUGGCGGGUCAAGAGGGAAAAGAGAAGACCAGAGCGAGGAUCAGCACGAAGAGUGGGUGGGAGCGGAAGAUGGAGAAUAAUCGGAGGGGUGCUGUUAGUGGGAGCCAGAGGAGGAAGGACGCGGAGGAUGAGGCUCUAGCGCUUGUGGGGGAUGGCGGGGCGGAGAAGAGCGAUUUUGAGGGGUUUGAGGAUUGAAGAGAUGGCUUGAAGGUGUGGGGAGGGGAUUAGAAGGUGUGUUGGAGCAUCCUAGAUCGUGGUGCCAUGAGCGUUCUUUUGUACGAUCUCAAGCAGGCUACCGCUUAUGUCUAGAAAUCCAGUAUUGUUCCAAAGUACUCCAUCUCGUACGAAGUAAUUGUAGCGCCUCGAGGCCAAAGAGCAAGCCCAUCGGCAGUCCCCAGCCCAAUCUAGCCCUUAAGACGAGAUCGC